UCUAGACUGUAGUGACACGUGGGUCAUUCUGCUGAGUCUUUAUGCUGUGGAUUAGCAAGUGUUUUACUGUAGCUCAUCUCUAAAGCUCUCACUCAUUCUGCCUCUUUAUCUUCUUUCCAGUUCUCCUUAGCCUUCAGUUACUUCUUGUCUUUGUCUCACUGUUAUCAUCAGAGAAAGAAGUCAUGAAUAAGAAAGCUGUACUAAUCACUGGUUGUUCUUCUGGCAUUGGAUUGGCGCUUGCUGUUCGUCUUGCCAAAGAUGAGAAGAACAGGUUUAUGGUGUAUGCGACAAUGAGGAACCCGGAUAAAAGUGAAGCUCUGGUGGAGGCAGCAGGUCGUACCUUGGGAAGAACACUGGAGAUCAAGCAGCUCGACGUGUGUGAUGAGAAUUCUAUCAAAGCCUGCGUGGACAGCCUGCCCAUGCGCAGAGUUGACAUUCUCAUUAGUAAUGCUGGAAUGGGAAUGAUUGGCCCCAUUGAGUGUCAGACCAUUAAAGAGAUGAAAACUGUCAUGGACACUAACUUCUUUGGGCUUUUGCGACUCGUGAAGGAGAUUCUUCCUGACAUGAAGAAGAGAAAAAGUGGCCACAUAGUGGUUAUCAGCAAUGUGAUGAGGAUUCAGGGGAUUUUGUUUAAUGACAUUUACGCCGCUUCCAAGUUUGCUGUUGAAGGGUUCUGUGAAAGUCUGGCAGUUCAAGCUCUCAGAUUCAAUCUGAAAAUCAGCCUCUUUGAACCAGGACCUGUCAUCACAGAGUUUGAGCGUAAGGUAUAUGAGGAGGGCUUGAAGACAGACCUCACCAAAGCUGAUGAAAUGACUGCAGAUAUGUUUACCAGCAUCUUGAAGAAUUACAACAAGAUAUUCCAGAGUCUUGGACAAACUCCAGAGGAGGUUGCAGAGCACACAUUGAAAUUGAUUACCAUGAAGAACCCACCAUUUCGGCAUCAGACCAACAUGCUGUACACAUAUGAGGAUCUAAACGAUGACCUUCCCAUCGAAACCUUCUACAAAAUGGUGUUUGAACAUGACAAGGUGUUCAAUGCAAGUCUCAAUUUCCUCAAGCUCCUGCGCUGGAGAAGCCGAAAGAGGAUCACUUUGUAAAAAGAACAGAAUGCCUAUUAAAGAAUAUUCUGCUGGAGAGCCGGGGGGUACUCUAGAAAACAGGUUAAGCAAUUUAACUGGGUAAAUUUACCCAAAGUAAAUGGACAACCUCCAAAAACUGAAGAAACUUUGAGGGUAUGUAAGUAGCCAAACAGCAGCUUACUCUCUGAACAUAACUUGCUCCAGAGAAGUUUAUGUUCCAGGGUUGGUUUACUUCAGAUGGGUGGUGUGACACAGGCCCAGUGUCAAGGGGGCCUUGGGGGGGCUUAGCCCCCCCCCCAUGACUUUGUGAAGCCCCCACUGCAAUAAUCUGAAGGACUGACCCCUUCACCCCUGAAAUACGAAUUUAAAUGCGAAAAGCUAAAUUGAAUUCGAUUUCAACUGCGGGCUACCGCUCCGAUCUGAUUUGUACCACCUCAGAUUCUAUUUGACCCACUCCAACCCCCCAAAACUUGUUGAUUUUAACCAUUCGAUGCAGACAAUCACACGUGUAUUUAAACUUUGACCGCUAAAUUCCAAUGAUUCAGUGUCUUCGACCACAUAAAAAUAGUGUUUCAGACAUUUAAAUUAAUUACUAGCAAAAAAUACAUUUGUUAAAUACACACUGCUGUUUGUGAGUUUGUUAAUGCACUGGUGUGUAAGGAAAGUGGCAAUAAUCCUUACAGUUAAAAUCUGAUAAAGUAUUUUAUUCAUAUAUAAUACCCCGAUAAACCCCCGAUAAAAUUUAUCUUCUUUUUUUUAAGCAAAAGUCUCAAAGAAGUCCAUUUGUUGACACCAAGGCGAUAAUACAGGGAACUCCAACCUUGCUCUCUUUUUUUAAUCUUUUAUCUAUUUUUUUUUCACUGAAGUAGCCUACAGAGAAAGAGAAAAAAGAAAGGGGAUAUGUUUAAAAAAUAGACAAAAGAGCCAGUAAGUAGUGAUAUGUGCUUUUUCUUUGCAUUUGCUUUCAUUGUGGUAGAUUCAUGGAUUUAACGCUCUGUAAAGAAUAUAUUUGUUUUCACUGUUAAGUUUCAAACACCAGCCACACACUUGUCUGAACAUUAAGUGUGCCUCAUUACUGGAAAGACAAAUAAGAAGACAAAUAAAAACAAUCUGUGUUCUCAAAUAAAUAUAUCAGUCAUGUUUGAUAUUCUGCAGCUGGGUGGAAUCAUAGUCUGAAGCCAAAAAAAAAGCAGUUUUCUGCGAAAUCUAUCAACAUUGCCCAGACCGAAAAAAAUCUGGGCAAAAAUCUGGGCAAAAUUUAUGUUGUGUAUUCUCUAGACUGCAUUUAACCAAUAAACAAUACACAUUCUACAAGUGACACUAAGUCAACACUGUUUUCUGGAAUACCUCCAAGGACAACUGACCCGUUUUUCUGGUUCUGUUUAAGAUCAUUUCAUUAUGUAUGAAAAAUCAAAUCUGCAUAAUACCAAACACUGUCCAGUCGUUUAUUUUAAAUCACAGAGAGUUAGCUAAAUGUUUAUAAUAGUUCUGCUGUUACCUGUGCUAACUG